CUCAGUCACACAGCCUCAGUCACAGACUCCCUCUCGUUUCCGCCCCAGUGCAGGUUUAACGUUACCUGAGAUGUGUUAUUGAUGGCGGGGCUUUGGACUGACGGAACCGUCGCUAUGGUUGUUCUUCGACCGGUUCUGCUGGUGAUGUGUGUGUCGCUGUCGUCCGCGGUGACGGUGUUAUCACGGCCUCCGCUCAGCUGCUCCCGACAGGGUUUGAGGUGUACAGUCACCACAACUAACUGUAUGGAUAUGACAUUUCUGAAUGUGAAUAAGUACACUCCCAGCAGUCCAGAGGGGCUGCAGGUGAGGGUGGACACCAGGCAGGAUGACACCGGAGACCUCUACCCUGUGCUGGUCGCUAACUGGAGCAUAAAGGAUGAUGGCAGUGUACGUGACCUGACAGCCACUGAGCUUCAUGUUCUGGAAAAGUCCACCAACCAGAACCUGUGUGUCCGAUAUUCCUUCAAAGACGAACUCUCAAUGAGAAGUCCGACAGGGCAAAAGUGGUCGUUCUCAGCUGACAUGCUUGUGGUGGACCCUGGUCAGUCGUACAGCGUCUCCGUCUUCAACAUCCCCAAACCAGAGCAGGGCCACAGCAACUACGACGUCCGCAGAGAUGUCAAUGUUCCUGAUUGUACAGAUCCCACAGAUCCCACAAUGCAGAUGACCAAGUUUUGCAUAGAGAGAGGAAGUCUGUGGAAGCCUAACAUCAGUCUGACUCAGAUCUCUGCAGUCAGUGGAAGAGCUGCUGUGGCUGUUAGCUUCACUCCUGACACGCUCUGUGAGAAAUACACUGUUAUUGUUCGCUGCUCCACUACCCAACAUGCAACAGACAUUACAUACAAGGCUAAUCAGACGACCCUGAAUGUAACAUUCAGCCUGGAUAAAUGGCCAAGAUUUUGCUGCCAGUUUGACGCUGAGAUCAAACCUUUUUUCCCUCAAUGUGGCCAGGACUGUGUCCGUCAAAAGAGAACUCUGGAUAUCUGUUCUGUAAAGCCGACGGAUGCCCCCGAUGUCCCCAUGUACACGUUUGUCGUCCUGGGAGUGGUGUUUAUGUGUGCUGUGAUGGCAGUUAUGAUGUACGUCCUCUGCAGGAAGCCAGGCAAAACUGGUGUAACUGCGGCACCUGUGGUAGAUGAAAUACCGUGGGAGCAGCCUAAACAGCCUCCCAAGGUGCUGGUCAUCUACUCCCAGGACCACCGCCUCUACAGGGACGUAGUGCUAAAGCUAUGCGCCUUCCUUCAGGCCAAGUGUGGCACCAAGGUGCUGGUGGACAUGUUAGACUCCACUUCGGUCGGCAUGGUUGGGCGCCUUCGCUGGCUUGAGUGGCAACGACAACAGCUCAAAAAUCCCUCCGACAAAAUCCUGGUGCUGUGCUCGCAAGGCGUCCAGGCAAAGUGGAGAGCCAUGUGCGGUCAAGGCCGGGUGACUCUGAGGGAAGACGUCCUCUCCCCUACCGACGACAUGCUCACUCCCUUUCUCAACCUCUUCCUCCCAGACAUGCACCAGGCCGGCAUGCUGGGCAGGUACAUGGUGGCUUACUUUGACGACAUCAGCAGAGAACAAGAUGUACCAUCAGUUUUUGACAUUGCAGUCAAAUACAAGCUGAUGAAGCAUUUCGAAGAGCUGUACUUCCGCAUCCUAGACAUUGAGAAGUAUCAGCCAGGUCAGGUCAACCACAUCAAGGGCAUAGGUGGGGACGAAUAUUUUGACUGUCCAUCAGGUAGAGCCCUGAAGAAUGCCAUCGAAGCCUUCCACGCCUACCAGGUGGAAAAUCCUGACUGGUUCGAAAGGGAGUGUGUGAACGAUGAGGAGGAGGUCAUGACUGAGGCUAACCGACUAAUAGACCAGCUGCAGAUCCCUCCAGUCCUGGAGUGUGUUCCUCUAAUCAGAGAUGGACUUCCUGUCUACAUCCAUGAAGUACAAAUCAAUGAAAAUGGUGAAAGUCUCCUCGUGCUUACACCUGAGCUCAACCCAGAGCACAAACUGUUGUCAGUGGCAGAACUUAUACCAGUAGUCAACCCUGAGCGCAAACAUCACUAUCUGUCAAACCUGGAUGAAGUGUUGACGGAUCAUGUACAUCCUCACAGCCCCAGGCCAGAAUCUGUCUACAUAGUUGAGCCUGUUUUGAACAACCUGCGACCACCAAGACAGAACUGGCUUUCCCUCCAGGCAGAACCCUCGGGUCAAAUUCCCAUAGAGAAUGAAGAAGAGGAUUCCCUGCUACCAAUGGGCCAUCUCUCUGCUCGUUUAGAGAAGAGAAGCUCGGCCCCAAAGGACACCCUGAACUCAAAACCUCAAGAAUUCACAUGUGACAGCAUGCAGAGGGAAUACUUCCAUCAAUCCGAAAUCGGCCAUUUUCAGCCUGCGGAGAUGGAAGAGGACGAGGUUCUGGAGCCCAGUGGAAAGGGUUCAAGCAGUGGAUCUGAUCAAGGCUACAUCUCCAAAAUAUCCUCCCAGCACGAACACCCUGUCAAAGAGGAUCCACUGGUGGCUCUGAGAAGACUGCAAGAGGAGCUGUUUCACAAGAAUCUGGGAUACUCUGACAUCGGUCCUGAAGGGAACUGAUGCUCACAGUCGGGAAAUAAGCACUAAACCUUAACUGCCUUUAACCUGUGUCAAAUGCAUGAUCGUACUGAGCGCCUGAAUGUAGGAGGGUGGAAGAGCUCAAAGCAAAUUAGUUUCUCACUUUUUUUCUGUUGCCAGUAAAGUGUAAUGCUCCACUGUUUGUUGAUUUUCUGGAUAUAAUAACUCCUAUAUUAUUUUUGUAUUAUUAUUGUUAUUUGAACAUUAAACAUGAUCAUGCCUUCGUAGAUACACAGUGACUUUACAUGAAGUUUUUUCAGUUUUUUAAUGGCUUGUGAAUUUGUUGCAUUCAGUCAAAAACAGUUGUUUGAUCAGAUGUUGCACGUGGAAGAUAUGUAAAGGCAAAUUAUAUUGGACUUCUUGGACGAAGGAAUAAAUGAUGGAGUCAUUUGCACCACCACGUAUUGAGCCCGAAAGCUCUAGGUUCACAAUUUGGCAAAAUAACAUGAAAGGCAUACUGAAGAGACUUAAGGCAGCGUACAUUCUCACAUGCUCUUGAGGCCAUAUCUUGUAGGGGGGCCCUAAUAAAAUCUAGUGGAAGUCUAGUUUUGAAGGUGCAGGUGGCAGCUCCGGAGACGGACUUUCAGUUAACCGUAGCAUCUGGAUUUCAGCCAGCACUUACCCCAAAGCCGGGGCUCUGAUCCUGGUGGACUGCCCCAACUUUCUAUUCCUGCUGUCAUACAGGUUAGAGCCAGCGCUCCACCCCACCGGUGCUGGGGUUUGUGCUGGCUGAAUUUGACUUGCUACAAGUGCUGUACCUCCAGGCCAAGUAGUCUCCUGCUGGCAGGGAGGACGAAACUAAAAUACGAGUCGUUUUCUCGUUUCUGCCAUUUUGGAUUUAAUUUAAUAAACAAACUCUCAAAGCGUACACAGACCCUGUACCUUCACCAGGAGUUACAAGCCCUCGGGGAAGCUCAACGUUUCUGUCCUCUCAGUUGACUGAGCGCUAUAG